UUGAUCCUCGGCCGUUGCUAAGCUGCACGUUUCAGUUGCGCGACAACAAUGACGUCACUGUCAGCGGCCGGUGAGUGAGCGAGUAGAGUCCGAAAUGUUUUUUAAUUUUGCUGAGUGAGUGCACUAUAUAGUCCAGUGCAUUAAACUCACUAUAUAGUGAAUAGGGAGUAGGGAAUGAGUGAGUGAUUUCGGACACAGCCACAGUGUGCGCCCUCUGAGCGGAACGAGUUCGGUACACCGCGACGGACGGAGGGACUUUACGGGUGUGAAUGAUGUUGCAGAGGGUGGCGGUGAUCGGUGCCGGGGCGGCGGGACUCUGUGCAGCCAGACACAUCCAGUCCCGCCUGAACAUCUUCGCCCCCCCAGUGGUGUUUGAACUCACUGAGAACGUCGGAGGCACCUGGUGUUAUGACGAACGCGUCGGGAUGUACGACAACGGACAUCCAAUACACAGCAGCAUGUACAGAAACCUCAGAACCAACCUGCCCAAAGAGGUGAUGAUGUUCCCUGAUUUCCCCUUUGAGUCUCAGCUGAGCAGCUUCCUGCCCCAUCAGGAGGUCCAGAGGUACCUGGAGAGGUACUGCGAGAGCCACAACAUCCGGCCUCACAUCAGGUUUAACACGGUGGUGGAGACCGUGAAGCCGGUUGUCGUGACAAUGGAGGACGAGGAGACAAGGACGACAAGGACAACAUGGGAAGUGACAUCAUCUGACUCGUCAGGUUGUCAGAAAACGGAGACCUUCGACUCUGUGUUUGUCUGCUCGGGGCACUACUCCGACCCUAACGUCCCAGACAUCCCAGGCAUAGAGAACUUUAAAGGAAAGGUGCUCCACAGUCACUCGUACAGGUAUGCAGAGCCGUUCUCAGGUCAGUCGGUGGUGGUUCUGGGAGCCAAAGCUUCAGGACUGGACAUUUCCAUUGAACUGGCAAAAGUUGGAGCCCAGGUGACUCUGAGUCACAGUCGUCCUCCUUUAACAGUUCCUCUUCUUCCUGGGAUACGACAGUCCAGUCCAGUGGUUGCAGUCGACAAGAGCGGCUGCAUUCGCUUUCAGGACGGGUCAGUUAGCUCCGCUGACACCCUGAUGUUCUGCACCGGCUACAACUUCAGAUAUCCGUUCCUGGAUUCGGCUCAGCUGAGUCUGGAGAUCCAGGACCAUGUGGUGUCUCCCCUUUAUCGCUUCCUGAUGCCCCCUGCCUUCCCCUCACUCUUCUUCAUUGGCAUCUGCAAAAAUUGCCCCUUCCCCUACUUCAACUGUCAGAUCCAGUUUGCUCUGGCUGUGUUGGACGGCUCCGUCACUUUACCGCCUCGGGUCCAGAUGGAGGAGGAGGUCCAUCGAGAGCAACAGGAAAAGAUAGAGCGCGGAGUCGAGCAGCGCCACCUGAUGUUAAUGGAGCAGGAACAGUGGGAGUACUGCCACACGCUGGCUGGCAUCGCAGGCUUCCCGCCUCUGCCUCCAACCAUUCGCAGCCUGUACGAGGAGGUGUGGAGACAACGACGGGUUCAUCCGGAAAACUACCGAAGACUGAACUACAGGCUGGUCAGCGACACAGAGUGGGAGCUGAUCAAGUGACUGAUGGAGGCAGGGAUUAAAGUUCUCCGUUGCUACGACGGAUUUCCGUCAAUUUCAGAAUUGUAAUAAGUUGGGGCACGCUGGUGGCGCAAUGGUUUUGAGAUGUAUUGAGACUCUCGUCUCGAGCGGCAGGCCCGGGUUCGCUUCCACCUGUGGCCCCCUUCCGCAUGUCAUUCCCCUGCUCUCUCUCCCUGGUUUCCGACUCUGUCCACUGUCCUCUCUCUGCACGAAAAGCCCAAAAUAAAUCUUAAAAAAUAAAUAAAAUUGUAAUAAGUCGAGCAGAAUGUAGGUUAGUGACAAUUGUGCAAACUGCUGUUUUUAAUGUCAGGCAUUUAUCUGAACCAUGUAACACAAAUGUAGUUUUGCGUCUGUUUGGCAUUUCAAUGUAAGCUACAGUCAGAACUUUUAUCUGCUACGUGAAGUCCGCUCUUAACAAGGAACGACUGAGUGGGUGAAAGUUAUAAAAUACAGCACUGCACAAGUUAUGUCGAGAGUUUUGUACAAUUCUUGUACUUAAUAAAAAUAUACCUCUUACUCCACUGAA